AUGUCCAAAUACAUCAUUAUCUGCUUUGGCAAUCGCAAGCGGCAGAUUGCUCUGCCCCCUACAUACAAGGACCUAGUCAAGGAAGCCCGCAAGCAAUUUCCCAACAUGAGCUCAGUCUACAGUAUUGUGGUCAUCUAUCAGGCCAUGGAUGCUGGCCCCGGUACUGGCUGGGUCGAGCUCGCUGACAGCGCUUACCACAACCUGUACGAAGGCGCAGUCUUGUUCUUCAAUGUACAGCACCCUAUCACAAAAGAGUACAUCCUCCCGCUGCCUGAUGAUGGAUCUAACUCGACACCAAACCGCCAGGACUUCCCCACGGAGCCCACGAACCAAGGCCGCGGCUUCGCUGGCGUUACUUCCAAUCAUCCCAUCGGCACUUGGGAGGGCAACAACGAGGUGAGACAAGGACCCCGUCCCUUGGCAUUCAAAGACGAUGAGUCAAUCAGGUAUUCGACUGUAAACCAGCCUGGCGACGGUGCCGCCUGGGGCAGUGGCUGGGGGUUCGCCUCAGAGCGCUUUCGCCGAUCAGCAAAGCUGAUUCCCAACCUGGAGGACUGCAAAGAAGCCGUUGGUCGUGGAAUCGAAACUUCGAACCGGUACUCAUACGAGCAGAGCGCUGAAUAUGAGAACAAGGAGAAAUUGAAUGCGGCCUGGAACGGCGCUGACGAUCUUGGUGCCAAACCAGUCGUGUUCAAAGUAGAGGAUAGUCCUCGAGAACGCGGGACCUUCGCUUGGCAGCACCAGCACCAGGAAGCGUGUGUUUCCACGUGCACACACCCAUGCGGUUGCGUCCUGUGCCAACAAAAACAGAAGGGCGACAUUGCCUCUCCUGUGCAUCGAGUGGUCUGUCCCAAGACAGAACCCAGAAACGUCUCUAAGGCCACACCAAUCGCUGGCGGACAUACAAGAUGGGGUCGUCCCGGCGAAGUCCAGGUUGAGCCACCAUGGGAACAGGCCAACUCGCCGGUCUGGCCUUUUACCCAUCCCGUCAUUCCCACUCGCACAUCACACUCGCCGACUUACAAUAUUAUGGCUCCCUUGAUAGAGAACAACACCAACAACGCCUUUGUCUUUGGCAACGAGAAAGAUGAUGGACGGCCAGUAGGCUGGGGAACCUAUGUCAGUCAUCGCAUGGCUAACACUCCGGUGCAACUACCAGCGUGCUCUUGGGGCGCACAAGUCUUGGGUGAUCCCGUCAACCUUGUCGCAACUCCUGAUCACGCCAGUCAACCCUUGGCUGGCACCAGUCACCAAACACCCAGACCUUUUGAUCGCACCAUCAUGUAUCCUUCUCCAGGCAUGCCCUCUUCAGAGAAUCCGCUGCUCUGGAGCGGAGACAGCAACAUUCGCAGUGUAGGUCAACUCCCUGGGUGCCAUUGGGACAACGAGCGCACAUCUGGCGGCGCCUCAUACACACGUUUCGGCCGCCGCGCUACGAGUCCCAAGCCAGCCUCCUCACGCCUCGACCCGGCAAAGUCUACGACCGGCUCGCCGCGCAAGUCGCGGGCAAAAGCGCAGGCGGCGUCAGCUUGGGCCAGAACAACGAAGGGUGGUCUUCAUAUGGGCGGAAAGACAGCGGUUGAUGACACUCUGAGCUCAAAACAGGCCAACCCAAACAAUCAGUCGAAUGCCGCCACCAUGCGCCACAUGGGUGCCAAAAAUGCCGCAUUUGAUAACAACAAGAAGAUUCAUGGUAAUGGUUGGAGCCACAGCUCUGGCAAUGACGAUGACAACUCCUCCUCCUUCUGGUAUGCUCCUAACCAGAAUAUCACUCAAUGUGGAUGGUCAAAGGGUGUUUCAGCUGGUGUUGGGAAGGCUUCCAAGGGGAAGGCUAACAAUUAUGGCGAGAACCAGAAGAGGAAGGAUGGAGCACACAGCAUGUUGAACUCGGUCGCCAACGCCUGGGGGCCAAAUACUCGGGUUACCAAUACCAAGACCGACGAGUGGGAGUAA